AUGGUCCAACCUUCCUUCUCCCACCCUCGUUCCGACCCUUCAUCCUCCUCUUCCUCGAAUUCACCAACAGCCGCACUGGAUGCAUUUCUCGAUAAUCAGCAUCAAUCAUAUUUCGAAGAAUUAUACAAGUCAGAGGCAGUAUGUCUAUGUAUACUGAGGUCAUUACCUCCUGUGUGUAGGCAUCUGAUAUUGCAUCAUUUAUGGUCACAUAUGCCCCUGAGAACGACAGAGGUGAAGAGCUUUCUGCAGCUGGAUGUACAUACCCAGCUAGAAGUUGUCGACGAAAUAGUGAGACCGGCGUUGAAUAGGAAGAUCAUACAUCCCAUGAUACAUAAGAAGAAUAAGUUUUAUUGGCCUUGGAAUGACGCUUUCAAGAAAGGUUUGAGAAACGCUUUGACCGGAUUAGGAACAUCAAAUUCGUUUGGUGUACCGUUUGACAGACCAGAUGAUGUCGAAUUGCCAAGUCAGGAAGAUCUAGUAGCGUACGGAGAAGAGGCCUUCGAGGGUAUCCUCAAAUACAUGGUAUCAUCCGGACUAGGAAUUGGAUUUUCAGUAGCCAGACCUCAAGCUGAAGUGUUAGAGCUACUGCAUAUAAGUGGAUUGAUGAUUGAUCCUACCGACCCUACUGGUGAAAAUCCUAAUUUGAACAAGAUGACAAUUACGUCUAAAGGAUUUCAAUUCUUGUUGGAAGACCGACAGACUCAAUUAUGGGAGAUACUCAUGUAUUAUCUUACUGCCAAAGAGGCAAAUUCAGAAAGGUCAGCAGAGGUGUUAUCGAUGUUCUUCUCUUUAGGAUGUAUGCAGCUAGGACAGGACUACUCGGCUUCCAAAUCUUUCCCUCAUGCUUUAUCGGCGCUGAAUGACUUAGCUCAAUAUGGAUUCAUCUAUCGGCCAUCACCAGAUUCAGACCAGUUCUUCCCUACUCACCUCGCUACUGCCUUGUGCAGUGGUGAUGCAGCGGCUACGAAAGGGCAGGAAGCAGAUGAGAAGAGGUUCUUAAUUCUGGAAACUAACUAUAAAAUCUAUGCCUAUACGUCAAACGAGCUGGAAAUCGCAAUUUUGAACCUAUUUGUCGACAUCCGAAUCCGCUAUCCAAACUUGGUAGUGGGUAAAUUAGAUCGAAAGAACGUCAAAUCAGCUAUGGAGAAGGGCAUAUCGGCAAAUCAGAUCAUAUCGUAUUUGUCGAGUCACGCGCAUCCCCAGAUGUACAAUUCACCUCCACCGCUGUUACACCCUACAAUUGUCGAUCAAUUGCAUUUGUGGGAUAGGGAGAGGAAUAGGUUGAAAAUGGAGGAUACGGUCAUGCUAGAAUUCUUCAGCAAAGAGCUAUAUGAAGAUACCGAAAAUGAGGCGAAAGCGAACGCGGCUUUACAACUCAGUGUAUCUACGCAGAAAUUCUUAUUCAUUGAACCGCAGACGAAAGCUGCGAUUACGGACUUUGUGAAAGAGAGGCAGAAUCAAUUGAGAUCGGGAUUCUAA